UGUCAAACACUUUUUUACGUGCUGAUAGGUAGAAUUAAUGUUAAUUUUCAUAAAAAAUAAAUAAUAAUUCAUUAGAAUUACUGUUUAAAUAUGUUAUAAACUCUAUUUUACUUAAUUUCUGUAUAUAGUUGUAUGUUAAAAGUGCGUUGUAUGGUAAUAUGUUCUUAGAGAAAUAAUGCCCUAAGGACAUUCGUCUUUUUAUCAUGAAACCCAAUAAAAUUUUGUUGUGUUCCACAAAAUGAUCAUAUUAUUAUGACGUGUUUUAGUGCAUUCUAAGGACAUUAUAUCGUGGCAUUGAAAAGAAAACAAUUAAAAUGGACGACCAAAUACCGAUGCCGAUGUACACGGACGGGCAGGGCGUGUCCUUCGAUCCGAAAUAUGCGGAACAAUAUCAAGCGCUUAAAAUGGAGGAACAGCAGUACGCUCAAUUGGACCCACAGAGCUACGCUGAGCAAAAGAUGGGAGAAAUCCCCGCUCCAGUUGAGCCUAAGAUCGAACCAGAGCCUGGAAAACCGAUUCGGUUCAUCAGCGUAAAUAGUACAGCGCUGACGGAAGAACAACGGGCUAUGUACGAAUCGGUACUGUCCACUUGGAAGCCCAUCAUGUUCCCGAAACAAAUGAAGAGAUAUAUUUGCGAGAAGUGCAAUAAGGAAUUCAAGAAUUAUCAAAAUCUCUACCUACAUACAACGAGAGUACACUCGUCGGAAGAGUCAGCUGUCUUGUGCGAUAUAUGUGAUAAGUCGUUCAAGAAUAAACACUAUCUCUACAUGCAUCGCAUGAAUAAACACUAUUCGGAAUCGGAGAAGUGCUACUGCCAGUUCUGCUUGCAAGAGUUUAGAACGCGACGCGCUCUGCACAUGCACGUAAAGCGAUUCCAUCCAACGACUCUACCGGAGAUCAAAUGCCACGAGUGCGGGAAAGAGUUCAGCGUGCCGUACAAGCUGCGCUACCACAUAGAGAGGUGCCACAAUCAGGACAAGAAUAAGUUCAAGUGCCACAUUUGCCAGAAGUUCUACAAGAGCCACUUGAACCUGAACAGACAUCUACACUUCCAGCACUCGCAAGUCGAGCGGCAUCCUUGCGUGUUCUGCUCUAUGACGUUCAAGUCCCGUCACCACAUGAAACGUCAUAUUCUCAACAUUCACCCGCCGCUAGAGUCGAAAGUGCAGUGUCCCGAGUGUUUGAAAGAGUUCAAAAACGACCAGUAUCUAAAGGAACACAUGCAAGUGCACUCCUCUCUAGAUACGAAAGUGAAGUGCGAUCUCUGUGACAAGUUUUUCCAUUCGGCCGUGCGUUUGAAGAAACACAAGAAGAUAGUGCAUCCAGACAAGCCGAAGAUACGCUGCGAGAAGUGUGACAAGGAGUUCGCGCAUGCGCACUACCUACGUCGCCAUAAUAACUCUGUUCAUAUGGAUCUGGACGAAAGCCAGUAUGAGCAUGAAUGCGAUCAGUGCGGUAAGAAAUUCAAGAUAAAAAGAUACCUGAAUAAUCACUUGCAAAGGCAUGAACAGCAACAUCUCAAGCGUAUAUCGCAAAUGGUGAAAACGGUGAUGGAUGAUGGGCAAGAGAAAGCGCCCAAGAAGAGAGGAAGGCCCCGGAGGGCUAAGGAAGUGAGAAAAGAGAUAGAGUUCGUCAAGUGCGAACCAGUCAGCUCGGAAGAAGACACGGAAGAGAGUGAAACAGAUUCGGAAUAAAUUAAACUACGUUGUUGCAAAACACGAAAAUCUAUUAAGUAGAAUCAAUUCCUGAUAGAAUAAUAUCUGGUCUUUAUAUUCAAUCGCUGAUAUAUUGUCCAGUAAAAUUGCGAAAAUAUCAAGUUUUGAAGGAAAAAUUCUUUAGGCGCGUUUCGAGUAAAAUGUCAAGGUCGCCUCAUGGCGAUACCGUCACGUCAUGGAGUAAGACGAUUUUGGUAUCUUGAAAUCUUGUCAAGGUUUCACUUCUAACACGUGUGCUCGAUACACACGCUCGUUUUUUGAUAUAAGUUUUGCAGGGUAGAUUGGAAUGUGGAUUGAAUGUAACGACUAGCCGUUAAUAGUUUUGAAGUAAACGCAUCUCGGUACGAUUUUAUCGCGUUUUUAAAUAAUUCUAUACCAUUUUAGAGUAGAUUCCGUUUUAAAUAAGUGCGAAAGUUUUUAAAGUAUCGGAGUACUUGGAUUUUUCAAGUAAGAAAGAUUUUUCGUCUGGUAGGUAGAUUACAAUUUUGCCUCUAAGAAAUAAUCAACGUUAGAAUAUGUAAAAAGUCAUACGUUUCUUAAAAAAUGUCAAUUCUGUUUAAAAUAUUUUUUACUCUUUAAUAUCAUUCAAGUCUUUACACUUUUUUGUUGUCUGCGGGUAGUUUUAUGAUUUUCGAAUAAUAUUAUGUUCCGUAACACUUAAUAAUUACGUUAAUAAAUGUAAAUAUAUUAUGUUAAAAGAAAUAUAGUGUGUAUGUAAAAUUUUGUUAAAUAAGUAUUUAGAGGAGAAAAAUUAUAAAAACUUUUAAUUUUUCUUACGAGUUUUUUCUCCGGGUAUAUAGCAAUUAAUUACUUGAAAUACAGAGAAUUUUUGAUAAAAAUAAAAAGUGUGUACAUGUAUUAGUGUACACACGUAAGAAGUGAAACUUCUUUAUGACUAUUUUUCAAAGAAUAAUUUACUAUAUGCAACUUUACAGAAAUAUGUCGAAUAAAAAAGACGGCGCGUAACGGAAAAAUGUCACGCGUAACGAAAAAGUGUUACACUAAAUUUUCUUCCAACCCCGAUAAAGAAGUUUCACUUCAAAUAUAAACUAAAAUAUUUUGAGGGUAGAAACAUUAUAAUUGGGUAGUAAUUGGGUUUUUCCAUUUACUUUGACGUACUAAAAACAACUAGACUUACAAUUAAUUAAUCAUUGCAAAAACGUCCGAGAUUCAUAAAAAUUAACACCUUAUUUCGUGGCAGUAAUGUUCAAAUUCUAUUGUUUCGCUCAUAAGAAAACUCUGCCUGAUACACGCGUAGACAGAGUUUUGCUGCGGACAUGAUUUGAUCAUCAUUUCUGGAUCAUGAUUUUGAGUCUAGUUUUUUUUUAGUAUGUCAAUUAUUAAACGAGAUUUCAUUUUUUUGAAUUUUGUGUUAUUUAAUAAAAUAGUCUAUUUUCCGCACCGUG